UGGCUUCACGCGGCUCAGGCAUGGAAUAAAGCGGCUGCUUAUUACGACCGUAACAUCCACGCUGGAGUCCUUAAAUCAGUCCAAUCUUCAUUUCCCCGGAUUUGCUCAUUCUCUAGAAGACGCGUGUCUAGUCUCCGUUAUACUGGACAAUAACCCAGAAGAUUUGCUGAGCUGAAUAUGAAAUGUAGAGGAGCAUCAUUGUUUUAAUCAGCUCGUGAAGUUGGACUCAGCCUGAAAAGAAUCCAAAAUUCAACAAAUACGCAUCAGAUGCUGUGGGAUCUCCUACCAUUUCAACAAUUCGCGAUCAGAUUUCGAAAAUAACUGCCAGAUUAGGAUGUUUAGGAUUUUUCUCAGUCGUUGACAUUUACAUUAAUGCUGUUUCUGUCUAAAACCGUGUUGUUGGCCAUUGUGUUCAUGUAAAAGUGCUGCAUUUGACAGAUCAGCAUUUAAUAGCCUAACAUCUUGUAGUUCUGUGCAUUGCGAACAUUGUCUUAUUUGUUUGAUAUCUUUUUGGAUAAACACUAUACAGAUCUGCCUGCAUUGCACUUUACCCCAGAUACAUACGAUUAAACCGCCAUUGAAAUAGUUCUGCAGCGUUUCCCUGGAUUCAAACACCGGCAGGGAUAUAUUAGUGUUUUAAAUGCAAAACCUUCUUCAAGCAAAAUGCGGUGGUUAGACUGUCACAGCCAGGCAUGAAUUAUUUAAACCCCGCUUGCUUGUUAGUUACUAGGUUUCUUGCUGGACAAAAGUCUUGACAUUUGCAGUUGGACCCAGUGUGAGUGUGACAGGAAUCCAGGGGGGAGCUGGCUCUGCUCUCGACUCUUGUUUUUGAUCCAACUAAAUCUCCAGCUGUCAAGACAUUCCGCUAACCUUUUCUUUUACACUAUUAAAAGCGACAAUGUCUUUACUGUGCCGUUCAAAACGCAGAAAAACAGCCGAGUAAGGACGAUGCUGGCCAUAUUUGGACACGCCACGCUUCAGAUAUCACAAAUGAUCCGGGACUCCUGUGACAGGCAUAUCUAGAUGUGUUUUAUUUUAUGAACUCGUAGCUGUCAGGAAGCAUUUCGGUCGUUUUAUAACACGUCUUCUCGUGGAUAUAUCGACAUACAUCAUGGGUGACGCUAAUUUGAACGACUCCAACGUGAAGGUGGCGCUUCGGGUUCGGCCCAUGAACCGGAGAGAAAAGGACCUGAAUACAAAAUGUGUUGUGGAUAUGGAGGGGAAUCAAACAUAUCUGUACCCGGCAAACCUAGGAAAAGAUUCCAGCAGGGGUCAGCCAAAGACCUUCGCCUAUGACUACUGUUUUUGGUCGAUGGAUGAGUCGGAGACAGAGAAGUUUGCUGGCCAAGAUGUAGUGUUUCAGUGCCUUGGGGAGAGUCUUUUGCACAAUGCCUUUCAGGGUUACAACGCCUGUAUUUUUGCAUAUGGGCAGACUGGCUCUGGGAAGUCAUACACCAUGAUGGGUUCGGCAGACCAACCUGGUUUGAUCCCCAGACUUUGCAGUUCUCUGUUUGAGCGGACCAUUCAACACCAGCGAGAGGAAGAGUGCUUCACCGUGGAAGUCUCUUAUAUGGAAAUCUACAACGAGAAAGUCCGGGACCUGUUGGACCCCAAAGGGAGUCGACAGGCCUUAAGAGUGAGAGAGCAUAAAGUUUUGGGGCCUUAUGUUGAUGGUCUAUCAAGGCUUGCAGUAGAAAGUUACAAGGACAUUGAGUCCUUGAUGUCUGAGGGGAAUAAAUCCCGCACUGUGGCGGCCACCAAUAUGAAUGAGGAAAGCAGUCGCUCCCAUGCCGUUUUCAAUAUCAUCCUCACGCACACACUAAAGGACCUGCAGUCGGGGACAAGUGGGGAAAAGGUGAGUAAGCUGAGUUUGGUGGACCUGGCAGGAAGUGAGAGAGCUGCAAAGACUGGCGCUGCAGGCGAGCGGCUCAAGGAAGGCAGCAACAUUAACAAGUCUUUAACCACUCUGGGUUUGGUGAUCUCAGCUCUGGCAGACCAGGGUGCUGGAAAGAACAAGAACAAGUUUGUGCCCUACAGAGAUUCGGUGCUGACAUGGCUGCUUAAGGACAGUCUGGGUGGAAACAGUCGGACCGCUAUGGUUGCCACUGUAAGCCCUGCGGCAGAUAAUUAUGAUGAGACGCUGUCAACGUUACGCUAUGCAGACCGAGCAAAGAGCAUCGUCAACCACGCCGUGGUCAAUGAAGACCCCAAUGCCAGGAUCAUCCGGGAACUCCGAGAAGAGGUGGAGAAACUGCGAGAUCAGCUGACGCAGGCUGAGUCUAUGAAGGCACCAGAGCUGAAGGAUAGACUAGAGGAAUCGGAGAAAUUGAUACAGGAGAUGACGGUCACCUGGGAAGAGAAGCUGAGGAAGACUGAGGAAAUCGCACAAGAGAGACAAAAACAGCUGGAGAGUCUUGGCAUCUCUCUGCAGUCAUCUGGUAUCAAGGUUGGAGAAGAUAAAUGCUUCCUGGUCAACCUCAACGCUGACCCUGCCCUUAAUGAACUAUUGGUUUAUUAUCUAAAGGAACACACUAAGGUUGGAUCAGCAGAUUCACAGGACAUCCAGCUAUGUGGAAUGGGCAUCCAAGCAGAGCAUUGUGUCAUUAACAUCACACCUGAGGGAGCUGUCUUUCUCAGCCCUUACAGAAACUCAAGAACAUGUGUGAAUGGAUCUCCAGUCACCAGCCGGCAGCAGCUUCACCAUGGUGACCGUAUUCUUUGGGGAAACAAUCACUUCUUCAGGAUAAACCUACCGAAGCGGCGCUUGAGGGGUGAGGAAGAGGAAGGUGAGGGAGGGAACAUGAAGAACAGUAACAGCAGUGAGCAGCUGGACGGAGAGGGAGACACGGCCAGCGAGGUGUCCAGUGAGGUCAGCUUCAGCUACGAGUUUGCUCAGACUGAAGUCAUGAUGAAGGCUUUGGGCAGCAACGACCCCAUGCAGGCGGUUUUGCAGUCUCUGGAGCGCCAACAUGAGGAGGAGAAGCGGACUGCUCUCGAGCGCCAGCGGCUGAUGUAUGAGCAGGAGCUGCAGCAGCUGCGCAAACAGCUGACUCCAGACAGACAGAGCAUGCAGAUACCGCAGUCGCAGCCCUUGCAGCCGCAGUACCGCAGCUGGGAGAGACUGAGCCAGGGAGGAAUGUCAUCAUCACCCAGCUCCCAGCACCGCUUGCGCCAGUGGAGCGAGGAGAGGGAGGUGGUGCUAACGCGGAGCUUCAGGAAACUGAGGGAGCAGAUCGUACGGGCUAAUCUGUUAGUGCAGGAGGCGAGCUUCAUCGCUGAAGAGCUGGACAAGAGAACCGAGUACAGAGUUACUCUACAGAUCCCUGCUGCAAACCUUAACGCCAACAGAAAGCGAGACGCUGUAUUGAGCGAACCCGCCAUUCAGGUGAGGAGGAAAGGCAAAGGGAAGCAAAUAUGGGCCCUUGAGAAGAUGGAAAACCGGCUGGUGGACAUGAGAGAGCUUUAUCAGGAGUGGAAGGACUUUGACGAGGACAACCCUGUGAUGUGCUCGUACUUCAAGAGAGCCGACCCUUUCUUCGAUGAGCAGGUGAACCACAGUUUAAUCGGGGUGGCCAACGUUUUCCUCUCCUGCCUGUUCUAUGAUGUAAAGCUACAAUAUGCGGUUCCCAUCAUCAAUCAGAAAGGAGAGGUUGCUGGGCGGCUGCAUGUAGAGGUGAUGAGAAUGGGUGGAGGAUUUGAUGACAGCGUAGUCGGAGGAGACGACAGUGAUGGAAGCCCAGACGGCGAUGUACAGGAACGCAAACUGGUCUGUAUGAUUAAGAUCCUGCAGGCUACUGGUCUCCCGCAGUACCUGUCCAAUUUUGUCUUCUGUCAGUACUCUUUCUGGGACCAAGCAGAGCCUAUCAUUGUUGCCCCAGAAGUGGAUCCCUCUGCCUCCUUCUCCAGCAGCAAAGACCCCCACUGCAUGGUCGUGUUUGACAGCUGUAAGGAGAAUGCUGUGACUGUAACAGAGGAUUUUAUCGAGUAUCUAACAGAGGGUGCCGUAGCCAUCGAGGUAUUCGGACACAGGCAGGCUGAUCCAGGCAGGAACCCUGCACUGUGGGACCUCAGCAUCAUCCAGGCCAAAACACGCACUUUACGUGACAGGUGGAGCGAGGUAACACGCAAGUUGGAAAUGUGGGUGCAGAUUCUGGAGCUGAAUGAGAAUGGAGAGUACAUGCCCGUGGAGGUGGUGCCAGCGCGAGAUGUUCGCACGGGGGGCAUCUUCCAGCUUAAACAGGGCCAGUCUCGGCGGAUUCAGGUGGAGGUGCGUUCAGUGCAGGACUCCGGCACAAUGCCUUUGAUAGCAGAGAUCAUUCUGGGAGUGUCCAUCGGCUGUGUGGAGAUCAGACAGGUGCGGCUGACUAAAAACAAUGAGCCACAAGAGCUUGAGGGCGAUGAAAUGGACAGUUAUCAGGAGCGAGAUCUGGAUCGUCUGCGGCGUCAGUGGCUCACUGCUCUCACUAAGAGACAAGAGUAUCUGGACCAACAUCUUCAGAUGUUGGUCAGCAAAACAGAUAAGUCUGAGGAUGAUGUGGAGAGGGAGGCUCAGCUGCUUGAGUGGCGUCUGACUCUCACAGAGGAGAGAAAUGCAGUGAUGGUGCCCUCUGCUGGCAGUGGAAUACCAGGAGCUCCUGCUGAGUGGGUACCAGUACCUGGAAUGGAAACUCACAUUCCAGUGCUCUUCCUCGACCUAAGCGCUGAUGACUUCAGCUCUCAGGAGAACCUAGACGUUCCCGAGGCAGGCGGCUGGGAUGCCAUGCUCAGCUCUGAAGAUGAGGAUGAAUUUUUUGACCUUCAGAUUGUCAAACACUAUGAUGGGGAGGUGAAAGCCGAAGCUUCUUGGGACUCCACCGUUCAUGAAUGUCCACAGCUGAGUCGAGGUGCCGCCCCAGAUCAGAGAGUAUACUUGAUUAUCCGUACCGUGGUUCAGCUCAGCCAUCCUGCAGAGAUGCAGCUAGUCUUGCGCAAACGCAUCUGUGUGAAUCUCACUGGACGACAGGGUUUUGCUCAAAAUUUCUUAAGGAGAAUGUCCACCAGGAGCACUGUUCCUGGCUGUGGUGUGACCUUUGAAGUAGUCUCCAACAUCCCAGGGCAGGACAGUCAGAGCUCAGAGGACAGGGAGAUGCUGGCCCGUGUGGCCGCCAGCGCUGAGAACCCCAAAUCGUCAGACAACGAAGCUGCCAUAGAGAAGUACCUGCGGAGCGUCCUGGCUGUGGAGAACAUCCUCACACUGGACCGUCUGAGACAGGAGGUGGCAGUGAAGGAGCAUUUGGCAGGUAAAGGCAAGGGCAGCAGACGCAGUCUCAGCUCUCCCAGCGUGCACCGGUUAUCUGGAAGCAGACAGGAUCUGUCACUAAACUCAGUGCUGGAUGACAACAAGAAUCGGUGGGAGAGUCAGCAGGAUAUCUUUGGGACAUCCCCUCAGUUCAGCAAAACACUGCCACGACCUUCCAGACCUCCUACACCACCUACACAGAAUCAGGACCCAGAGCAAGGUUUUUCAGGGCUUGCUGCUUCUUAUAUCUCCCCAGUCAAGGCCCUGGUUCCUCAGAUGCCCAAGCUGCUCAAGUCCCUGUUCCCCGUUCGCGAUGACAAGAAAGACUUGAGGCCUUCUCCACCCUCCCAACAGCAUAUGCCACGAAUAAUGAUGCAAACAGCCAACAACCCUGAUGAAGGAAGAGUAAGAAUAGAACCGGUUGCAGUAAUGGGGAAGAGUCCUGCUUCAGACAGACACUCAGAUGGGCCUGAUGCCCCGUCCUCUAUGCAUGAUCCGCAUGACCUGCCCCUGAGCCCCAUCAGCGAGGCCUCCAGCGGCUAUUUUUCUACUAGCGUCUCCACUGCCACCCUUUCCGACGUCUCCAUAGCUUGCGGGGACCUUACCUCUACUCCUAAUUCCCAAGCGGGUCCCGUAGCAUCCAGGCACGACAACGAAGACUGUCUACCGACCCCUGUUAAUGCCUCUGUUGCUCCUGUAGAAGCUGGGCUAAGAUCUGACAGGCCUAGAAAAGAGGAAGAUACCCAGGCGGCCCACAGGAAUGGUGUCACCAUCUCUCAGCAGGAAGCACAGCUAAAUACAACCCCUCCCCUGGUGUUGAGUACCUCCACAGACAGCCCUUUCUCCCUCCAGAAGGUCAAAUCCAAUGAACUCAGGUCUUUCAGUAACAUUCUUGGAGAUGGAAAAGCAACCACAAUGCAAACUAACAGCCUGGAGAAGCUAGAGAUAACCUUCGAGGAUGUGGAACCCAAGGAACUUGCUUGGCUCAAGGUGGGAGGGAGAGUCACUGCCGGAUCCAACAAGUCUGGCACGGUCCGCUACAUCGGCCCAACGCACUUCUCCGAAGGCAUCUGGGUCGGGGUCGAGUUGGACACUCCCUCAGGUAAGAAUGAUGGUUCCGUCGAGGGCCACCAAUACUUCCGAUGCAACCCUGGUUACGGGGUGCUAGUCCGUCCAGAUCGACUGACUCGACGAGAAGCUUCCAAAAGGCAUACCGAAAAUCGCCGCAGCGGGGAGUUCAGUCAACAACUGAGGGGAGGAGCCGGCACUGCCAUUCAGAAAGGAGAGAAUCGCAAAUCCUGGACCAGCUAAUUGACAAUGAGCUGAGCAGGACAGAACCUCCACCUCCAACAUCUCAAUCUAACCGAGGAGUUCAACUCCAUCCAUCACUGUGCUUGGGCUAAUGGAGCAUUCUGAUACCCAACUUUGCAUGGAUGGUGGUACAACAUUCCCUCACAAACCCCUCUAUCAGUUUCGGUGCUAUGCUAAUGUGUAGCAUGUGGGAGUGCUAUCAAUUUUUAAUAUGCUGCUUCAGCUGUGUUCCAUGGUUUGGUAACUCAAGCAAGUCUCUUUGAGUUGACCGUAAAUGAAUCUGCCGGGUCUUUGAGAUCAACCCAUCAUUUUUGUUUGUGCCCUGGUUUUAUCAAGAGUCCAUUUUUGGACUUGAUACUACAAAUGAUGCUUGAUUUUAGUCUGUUUUUAGUUUCCUGAAUGUGCCUUUCAAGUCAACCCAUUUCUUGUUUGGCAUCCCUCACUACACCUUCGUAACACUAUGGUAUGGUAGACAUGUAAGAGAUUAUCUCAGGGAUCCAAUCAGAGUCAUUUGGAUAUGCCCAGUUGGGUUUGCAGCUGCAAGCCACUAUCGGGGGGUUGCAUGUAUUUUGCCAUAGGUGCUGCCCUGAGCAGGUUAAUGUAGGUUUUUGAUGUUUUCUCAUUCUUCAUUGUGGAGUACUGCUAUUACUUGACCAGUGAUUGGAUGGCUAUAUCCACAAGAUGGGAUAUUUUAUUUGGUUUGUUAUCAUUGGAAGAAUUGCCUAUCAGUAUUUUUGGAGGAACCCACCUGCUUGGUGUGUAUCCUUAAUUGCUCAUGGUGAAUUUUUAGACUUGACUGAAUUGGCACAUUCAGGUUAAAUUGACUGGCUUAAUUAGACCCUCUCUUAAUGGUUUUGAUGAUUGGACUGAAAAAAUAUUUUAAAGGGUCUUAUUUACAGCCUUUUAAUUGGAAUAGGGUUAUUGAAACUACUUCAACCUCAGAUAACUUUGUGCUGCAGUUUAAAGUGGCUCAGUUUGAUUGGUUUCUAAAAGACUGUCUUCCACAAGAAGGUCACGGUUAAAGCACAUUCCAGUUUUGUGUAUUGGACCAAUUACUGGCAAUAAACUUCAUCUUAUUUAUUCAAAUUAAAAAUCUAAAAGUAAUUUCAUUCAAUAUUUUUAGCAUACUGUAUGGGCAAAGUGGUCACAUUUAUAUAGUUUUUUUUAAUAAGGAGCAUGAUUCCAUGCAGAUAUUAUGCUUAUUCACAUCAUGAUGGAGGAAAAAGUGUGUUAUUUCGUUCCUUUUAUAUUCUAUUCGUGGAAAUCAUCAUGUGAUUUCUGAAGUCUAAUGCAAUAUCAAGUUAUUAAAAUAUAUUUUAAUGGUUGUAGUUAUGUAAAUUGAAUUUAUAAAGUGUAAAAAUCCCUUGAAUGGAAAAUUAAUUUGCACAUUUGGGUUAUAGUAGAUAGCUUAUGUGCCCAAAGGGUACUUAAGUUUUGUUGUAAACUAACCGAAGAUCCACUGUAAAUCUGCUUUUCACUGGAUUUGGUGCUCAAAAGUCAAAAACAUUUCAAAAUUUCCAUCCGAGAGAACAUGCAUUUCUCCACAGUUUGAAGUUGCCUUUCAUUCUUCUGUAGUGUGGUGUUGAUGUUUGUGUUCAGUCACAAUUUGAUUUUGAUUUUUUUUUAAAUGUAUCUUGAUCUGUGCCUCAUUCAUAAUGAGAAAAAACAAACGCGCACGUCUUUGUGGCUUUGAUUAGCACCAUGGCUACAGACAGUAGGAUUUGAAGUCCUACUGGCUCACAUUAGUAACUAGUCAUUCUUUAAGUAUUAAUUUAAAGGUAAUAGAUUGAUUGCCUUUAGAAUGACAAGUCUCAACUAAGUUUUAAUACAUUUCUGUUGUAGCAAUAACAUUAAAAGUGCUUGUAGCAAUUUGAUGGUUCAUUGUUUUGAACCUAAUGAGUUACUUUAAAAAGAAAGGGGAAAUGAACUUAUUGAAGACAUUUUCAGUAAGCUGAUCUCCACGGCCCAACAUUUCAAUCAUAGUUGCUUUUAACUAGAUGUGUACUAGGUGUUUUUGUUUUCAAGUGCAAUUUACCAUUUUUCUUCACUAAAACGGUUGAAUGCACCCUACAUCCAUUCUGUUCAACGUCUGCAGUAGCUGUAAUGACACCUCGAUCUGUCACAAAUGGCAUCGAUCCAGAGCCAUAUCUGAGCAACCACACAGUGGCCUUUUGAAGUUAAAUACUAAAUACAGGUGUGGAGACUCGUGCUUUCCUCCUGUUUGAAAUCCUUCCCAUAAAGGGCAUCAGGAGAAAGGUUUUGAAGGAAGCUUUGGGCCCUGAUGUUUACACAGAUGUCGGACGAAGCUCUUGGCAGGAAGUUGCUGCUCUACUUUUGUAGUUCCCCCCCCCCCCCCUUUUUUGUGAGCAGUGAGUGGACGGCUCCAUCUUUCACCACUAGUCUGUGCCUCGUCCUGAUGAUUUUAUGUCGUGAAAGUUGUCCCGUAUAUGGAGCGUUUGAACCCAGAGUAUACGUGUGUGUGUGUGUGUGUGUGUGUGUGUGUUUUGUAUAUAACUGCAUCUUGAGAAUUCAAUCUGAGCACAAGGCUGGGUUUGAUUAAUUUAAUUAUCUGCAAUUCUAUGCUGAUAUCCAAAGAAUAAUCAUGUAUAAUAAUUCAUUUAUAAUUUCUUUUAUAUUGACUGUACAAUAAUCUGGCUGUAAAGAAAAAUAAAAAGUGAACUGAUUUAC